AUAUUUUUUGGAGUUUUACGAAGUGGUAUUAAGCCCACUUUACUUUUUAUUCUUAUACGAGGUCAAUUACAGCCAAACGUAAAUAUUUUCGUUUUAUUGUUGCCAGGCGAAUCCAAACCAUAUAAACGAAACCUACCGACUUGGUUAAUUUACGCGAACUUUUAUUCGUCCCCAAUUAAAAAGUUAAAAGUCCUGUUUGUAAUCCAUUUAUUUCUUUACAGAACUUAAAGAACCAGAUCAUGACGACGAACCUCUGGGUGGAGCAGUCGUGGUAUGACUACAAGCUCCGCUGGGAGCCGAAGGAGUACGGCGGAGUCCACAUGCUGCACGUGCCCUCCGACCACAUUUGGAGACCAGACAUCGUGCUCUACAACAAUGCCGACGGCAACUUCGAGGUAACGUUGGCGACCAAGGCGACCAUCUACCAUCAGGGGCUGGUGGAAUGGAAACCACCUGCCAUUUACAAGUCUUCCUGCGAAAUAGACGUGGAAUAUUUUCCUUUCGACGAGCAAACAUGCGUUCUUAAGUUCGGUAGCUGGACGUACGACGGAUUCAAGGUAAUUGCGUGGAGCUCCGUCACUGCUCUCGCUGACCGCUCUGUUUGUCCGCAGCGCCGACGGCAACUACGAGGUGACGCUGAUGACCAAGGCCACCGUCUACUACAACGGCAUGGUGGUGUGGCAGCCGCCCGCCGUCUAUAAGUCCUCGUGCUCGAUCGACGUCGAGUUCUUUCCUUACGACGUGCAAACCUGUGUGCUUAAGUUAGGCAGCUGGA